AUGAAUGCCUUUUUGCGACAAGGCAUGUGUACGCGCAACGCCACGCAACCAGCAGGUGAGAGCUCGAUUGAUCGACUGUUUACCAUGUAUCCAUUCGUGUACAUCAAACACCACGAUGUUGGCUACCAGACAAUUGGAAUACACCUCAUGCGUUCAGGUCCAUCUCUAACAAACUUCGCAACGGGUCUCUGCCAUCGUCAACCGGGACAGAACCUUCCCCCUUCGUCGCCAUCCAUCACCGUUCAACUAAUUCCCUCUGCGGCCUCAUUUCUGGCCCAUGGUAUUUGUAUCGAGUGCCGUUCCCGCCGUUACCUGUACACGUUCCAAAAGCCUCCCAAUCCUGUACGCCUGUAA